AGCAUGGUACCAACACAGAGCUAAUUUGUAGGGCGCAAUAUAAAUAUGGAAGCAGAUAUUAGAAGUAGCGGGACACAAGAGAAGAAAAAACGUGGUCAUAUUGAUGAACAUACCCGUGGUUAUUACAGAAGGGUGUCGGACACUCUUCAAGAAGGAUUUGAAUCCUCAGAGGAACGAGAUUUGUUCCUGAGGAAUGUGUUCAAACAGUUGGCUACAGAAGCAGUGACUGUUUCACAAAACCAGACUGUAAGCCGAGUGGUGGAGAAUAUUGUCCAAUGGGCAAGUGGGACACAACUCUACCAAAUCCUGACAGCUUUUUCUUUUGACUGGGAAACUGUGUGCACAAAUCGAUUUGCAAGUUAUGUGACACAAACAAUAAUAAAAGUCACACCACAAUUUUGGAACCAAAAAGUCAGUGACAGUGAUGAUGAAACUGAUGAUGAUGAAGAUGCUCAUGCUAAUAUUGAUAGCGAAAAGGAGAAUGAGAAAGAUAAGAAGGGAAAAUACUCCACAAGCCUUAGGGUUGACUUUCUCAGUUUGUGUGGUCAUGUCUUGGAAAACACUGACACCUAUGUUGAACACACAUAUGCAAGUCACAUUAUUAGAACUUUAUUGGAAGCCACUGGUGCUGUGAGGGUGACGGAGAGAAUUAUUCGGAGUAGGUUGUCACGGGAACAGAUGUCGGAAAGAAAUAAAGUCACUCCAGAGCUAGUGAAAGUGGAAGAAUUGCAACCUGUGUGUCAAAAAAUUUGUGCCAGAAUUAUGGAGAUAGUUUUAUCAAAACCAGAGUAUUUCCACAAUCACCUGGUGGUUCCUGUGGUGCAGACGGUGCUGUUGGUGUCACACAAAAACCACCCAGAACAGUGCUCAGAAUAUUGUGACCGGAUUGUGUCCUUGAUGAUGAGAAAUAAAAAAGAUGGUUCAACUCAGAAGACUGCAUUCCGUGCCAUGGUGCUCAGCCAAGUGAGUUCCCACCUCAUAGAACAGAUCCUAGAACUGUCCACAGAGGGUCAGUACCAGAGCCUGCUGGACACUCAUUUUCUCCCCAAUCUGCCUGAGUGGAGUGGACAUCCUGUUGGGAAUUUCGUAGUCCAGAGACUGAUCAAAAAUGUUCAUAACACAUCUCAGUUGAAGCAGGUGUUCCAGGCAUUACAGAAAGAAUUGGAGAAUAUUUUAGCUCACAACUGCUGUGGAGUUGUGGUGCAGCUAGCAGAGGCAUGUCACAGAUUGGGGGCCAAACAGGACAAAUUUGUGAAGGCCUUGAUGAAAGCAUUUCACUGCUAUAGCCCUGUUGAAAGACAAAUGAAGUUUAUGUCCUUGGUUACUUCCCUCACAACCUAUGAAGUUUUCUUCAAGAUAGAGGGCUCUGAUGAGCAAGACAACCCACAGGAGGAGUCAUCUAGCACCUCCAUUCCCAUGUUAACAGAAGUGAACUAUCACGGGUCACUACUGGUACAACACCUGUUGAAAUACGGCAACCCACGCCUCCUUGUCUCCAGUUUUCUCGACCUCAAACCAACAGAGCUGCAAGUGUUGGCCUGUAACGCCUCUGGCAGCCAUAUUGUGGAAGCGUUCCUUCACAGUCCAACGAUAGGAGAGAAGAGCCAAGAUGUUCUGUACGGAAGGCUCAAGGGUCAUUAUGUAGCAUUAGCCUGUCAUCGUAACGGCAGCCGUACAUUGGACAGCCUGUGGGCUCAAGCCUCCCUAAAGAACAGAAUCCUGAUAGCAGAAGAGCUAAUUAAGCAGGAGUCCAAGUUAAGAAGUGACCGCUUUGGCCAGUACAUCUACAAGAACUGUGCCCUGCAGAACUUUGCCCACCGUAGACGAGAAUGGAAAGAAGUGCAGACUGGAAACAUUAAGAAGAGGAAGUUGUUCAAGGAGCUCUUGGAUGAUAAAGAUGAUGUACCAAACAAGAAGAGCAAAGAAGAACAAGGUGGUGACCUUUGUUUGGGGAAAAUGCAGCUUUCCGAAUUGAAAGAUGAUCACAAAGGACACGGUCUAGAACUGCAUGAUUCCCAUGAUUCUUCAAAGAAGACAAAAAAGAAAGGAAAAAAUAAAAUCAAAAUCCCCAUUGACAAAAAGAAAAAACAGAAUUCACGAAAGCAGAAAAUACAAGAGCAAGGAUCAAAGACAAAGAAAUGUUAACUGGGAUCCUGGACAUUCAGCAAAAUGAAUAAAUAAAUGAAACUGUUUGAUUUGCUUUGUAAUGGAUUUGAGAUUCAGGGGGAGGGUGACCUUGUGGAUGACGUUGAGAACAAGGCAGCAACAGAGAAGUCGCAGGGUCUGUGGUCAGUGAUAACAUCGUUAAGGAGAAAGCUGCAAUAGACCUGUAGUGAAUUUGGAGGGAAUGAGUUAUACCAGUUACUUUUUUUCAUUAUUUAAAUGUGAAAUCACAAGUUUUAUUUUCUUUUUCAUUAUUUAUGUGAAAUCCCAAGUCUUAUUUAAAGAAAUACUUAAAAUUGUAUCACAAGUACUUGUCAUGCAAAAUAUAUGUAAAUAAAUAUUUCUCCAUGUAAACUGA